AUGGGUUUACGCGCGCUUGAUUUGGCGAAGCGUUUCGGUGUUUCGACUUUCCUUUUUCUGUGUCUUCCUCUCUUUUGUGGCCGAUGGGGUCCUCUCUCGCUCUCGCUCUUGUUUUUUGGAUUCUUAUAUGCUUACCGAUUCUUUUCUCUCCUUAAUCGAACAAACAGACACUGCUACGCGACCAGAUCGAACAAGAUCCGCAAGCUCAGACUUCCGGGCGGCAAGUUAGGCAUCCAGUACGUGAAGAAGAAGACGAAAGGUCCGCAAACGCCGUCUGGCGACCACGGGAAAAUCCACGGCGUCCCUCACUUGAGAACCCAAAAGUACUCGAGAAAACACUUAGCGAAGAACAAGAAGACGGUGAACAGAGCUUACGGCGGGGUUUUGUCGGGCGGUGCGGUGAGAGAAAGAAUCGUUCGCGCGUUCUUGGUUGAGGAGCAAAAGAUUGUGAAGAAGGUGUUGAAGUUGCAAGCGAACAAGUAA